GUAAAUUUGGCAUUAAAACUGAGGCAGUUAGUCAGUCUUCCAUGACUUUUGUUUCAAGUCCCUUCCCUGCAAAGUGUGCUCAUCUACAGAGAGAAUAAAGGAAAGAAUAAGUAACAAAGGCAAACAAGGAACAUUUUUUGCCACUAAAAUUUCAUUCUAGUUUUCUCGUAAUGAUCUUUUGACAGCGCAUGUUCCAAAUAGAUUCAAAUUCUGGGAAUUUGCAUUAUCUGGGUGUUAUUGAUUUGGUUGAUUUUCUUCAUUUUUGCUUAUGGGUUUUCUUUAAGAAUUUAGAGGUUGAUUAAGCUACGAAAAAGCUGGUAUCAUUAAAUUUUCCAUGAAGAGCAGAGGAGGAGAGCAGGUCUCAAGGAGUACCAUAUCUAAAGAAUGGACUCUGUUUCUCUGCCUUGCUAGCUUCUGUGCCGGACUGUUCCUCACAAAUCGAAUUUGGACUGUCCCUGAAUCAAAAGAAAUCACAAGAACAACUGCAGCAGAAGCUCAAAAACUGAAAUUAGUAUCAGAAGGCUGUGAUCCGAAAUUUUUGCACCAGAAAGAUGUGAAGAGUGUACCUAGGGAAAUCUUCGGGGAAGUUGCCGAGACUCAUCAAGCUAUAAAGACAUUGGACAAUACAAUUUCCAAUUUGGAGAUGGAGUUAGCUGCAGCAAAGGCAGCACAGGAGGCGAUUCUUGCUGGGUCUCCUGUAUCAGAAACUGCUGAGAAUGGUGAUUCUUUUAGGAAACGGAAGUAUCUUAUGGUUAUUGGAAUAAAUACUGCAUUUAGCAGCAGGAAAAGAAGAGAUUCCGUUCGUUCUACAUGGGUGCCACGAGGAGAAAGUCGACGGAAGAUGGAGGAAGAGAAAGGGAUCAUUGUUCGCUUUGUCAUUGGUCAUAGUGCCACAUUAGGGGGUAUUCUAGAUAGAGCUAUUGCCGCUGAAGACAAAAAGCAUGGGGACAUCUUACGGCUGGACCAUGUUGAGGGCUACCUUGAGUUGUCUGCCAAGACAAAGACAUAUUUUGCUACUGCUGUUGCCUUAUGGGAUGCAGAGUACUAUGUUAAAGUCGAUGAUGAUGUUCAUGUAAAUAUAGCAACACUUGGGGAAACACUGAUAAGACACCGGAAAAAGCCAAGGGUCUACAUUGGGUGCAUGAAAUCUGGUCCUGUCCUUGCUCAGAAGGGAGUAAGAUAUCAUGAACCUGAAUAUUGGAAAUUUGGAGAGAAUGGGAACAAGUAUUUCCGACAUGCUACUGGACAAUUAUAUGCAAUUUCAAAAGAAUUGGCUUCCUACAUUUCUAUAAACAAACAUGUUCUGCACAAGUAUGCUAAUGAGGAUGUCUCUCUGGGAUCAUGGUUCAUUGGACUUGAUGUGCAGUACAUUGAUGAUCGCAGACUGUGUUGUGGAACCCCACCUGACUGCGAGUGGAAGGCACGAGCUGGAAACAUCUGCGUUGCUUCGUUCGACUGGAGCUGCAGUGGUAUAUGCAGAUCAGCCAAUAGAAUAAAGGAGGUACAUCGACGGUGUGGGGAAGGUGAGAAUGCCUUGUGGAAAGCUGCUUUCUGAGGCGCACAUGCAUUUCUUCCCAUCACAGGUUUCAUUCACGAGUACACAAAUAUUCGUCAUAUAUAACACAGAGAGAGUGCGUCUUGCUAUGCGAUGCUUCUCCGUUUUAGUCGAGAAGUGUGGCUGCAAAUGCAGUCCAGGCUGCAAGCAAGUAGCUCCAUUCAAUGAUUUUUUGUUGUCAAGACAGUUAAUAAAUUAUAAGUCAGCUAUGUCAUUAUGGUUCAUGGGAAAUAAAAUCGAAUCACUUUUGUAAAAUCUUAGCUGCCUUAUAUCCAAUUCAACUCGCUGAGUUGAUGAUUUUCAUUUCCA